AUGGAAAUGGACAGAAAGAGUGGAUUGACUAAACCUGCAGUUGCUUCAAAUAAGUCAAAUAAAACGGCAGACAAUUCUAACAACAAUAAACAACAAAUAAUGGGUGUACUUGAAGAAGAAUAUUCAAAACAAUCAAGUUUGGACGAUAUGCUUGCUGAAGAGAAGCGAACGACUGCUGAGGAUCAGCUUUCAAUGUUUAACCAGGCUGCUGAGAUAUUUUCACAAAACCGUCAAGACGAGGAAGGAUUUUUUGAUGAUACUUUGGAUAGUCGGAAGAAACGGAAAUUUGAUAAAGCCGAUUCUCAACAACGCCAAACAAUGAUAAAAGAGCACAAAUUUGUGGAACGAACACUCGAUUCUUGUUCAAACUGCGUUGAAAGCCGGCUUUUUGAAAAACAUGCAGUUGUUGCUACUGGAAAGAAGACUUAUUUGUCUGUUAUCAAUUGGGAUGGACUUUCUCCAGAACAUUGUUAUAUAACAACAAUGGAGCAUUAUUCAAGUAGUUUAGUGUUAGAUGAAGAUGUUUGGGAGGAAAUACAAUUUUGGAUGAAAAGUUUGGUGAAUAUGUGGAGGGAGGAUGAGGAAGACCAAGAUUGUGUUUUCUUUGAAAAUGCUAGGGAUAUACAUGAACAAAAGCAUAUGUCUAUUGAAUGUGUUCCAUUACCUAGAGAAAUUGGUGAUUUGUCUCCUAUAUAUUUUAAGAAAGCAAUAAUGGAAUCAGAAAAGGAAUGGAGUGUAAACAAAAAAUUAAUUGAUCUUUCCAAAAAUCCAAGACAAAGUCAAGGUGUUCGUGGUUUGGUGCCUAAAGGUUUCCCCUACUUUGCUGUCUAUUUUGGAUUACAGCCUGGAUAUGCCCACGUUAUUGAAAAAGAAAAAAAUUUUCCUGCUAAUUUUGCUCAGGAAAUAAUUGGUGGAAUGCUUGAUUUACACUACAAACAUUGGAAAAAUCCAAAAAAGCAGUCAUUUAAUGAAAUUAAAAUUAAACGAGAACAAUUACGUCAAAAAUUUUCAAAAUAUGAUUGGACAGAAAAUACAGAUAAUGAAAAAGAGGAAAAAGAAGAGGAAGAAAAAAAUGAAUAA